UAAAAUAAAAAGGUUGGAUACUUUUCUCACAGACCUCGUAUAUACAGAAUAGUGAUCGGCACGCAUCAAUUAUUAUUAUUUGGGUGGGAUUUCAUUGACGGCAAAAGAGCUGAUGUCACUGUAUUUCCCUCACACAGUAAGCACAUCCUGAUCACUUUUUUCUGAUGUCAAGGAUGAUAAACUAACUUUUUUAUGGGGCCUUAUCAAUUGGUUAUUACCAAACAGCUGGCAAUAAAAAGAUUUGUUUAUCAUCUCCAACAGCAUGCCGAAAUUGGCCCAAAUCAAUUUUUUAAUAAUCACCAUUCCGUGUUCUGAAGUCUGCCAGUAUCAUCACUGUUGUCAGACUGAAGCUCUUCCUCAAAGGUUUCGACUCCCUAAUUGUUGUCUAAAUAAGCCUCAAAAUGAUAAGGCUGUAUAUCACCCACAGCUUCUUCAGACAUUUUCAGAAUCACCUUCAGACUGGACUUCACAAAAAAAGCUCCACACAAGAAGAAGAAAGAAAAAAAAAAAAAAAAAUCAGAAAACAACUUGACCACCGACGUGUUUACAAUUGAUUUGGGCUUGAAUCAGCUGGUUGCGUUCUGCCAAUGACAUAGCAACAACAUGGCCGCUGCAACAACAUGGCCGCUGCUGACAGCUGCAAUAGAGCAGGCUUCAGCACAAUUAUCGACUUAUUGUCCAGGAUUUUUUUAAAUAUCAAAAUUUCAUCAUUUUACGUAGUUAUUCGUGCACAUUUUUUGGUCUUACAUACUCUUUAAAAUAGUGCCACGCAUUAUGUGCAUUAAAAAGUUUACAUUUGUUCGAGUUACUCUUUUUUUCCCCCAAGUCUGCUGCAGAGUGGUACCUUAAAAUCCAAAUGCCUGAUUCAUGCUUCUCCGUGGCCAUGCAGUGACGUCGAUGUACAGCUGACCCUUUUCAAGUUCUCCAUUGCAUCUUUAUGCAAUUUACUGCAGGAACAGUGGCUUAUUCUGGAUUAAUUUGUCCCUCAAUGAGCUCCACUUCUUUAUACAAUCAAUCUCCAAACCAACUAUUUGAGCGUUUUUUUUCUGACUCUGUGUUGUAAAGUCGGUCAUAUUUGUGGAGUUUUAUGCCAAACACAUUUGAUCCAUGAUUGAAAUGUAAUCAGCAUGCGCACUGCAAAAAAACUUAUCUUAAAAUAUUUUACUCAUGUAAAGAACAACUGUUUAAUGGUUUAGUCUAUUAAAAAAAACAAAACACAACCGUCACAAUAUGUCGACAGCCUCAAAUUGGCUCGUUCGGCUUUCUUCACAAUUGUAAUACAUCAAUGAGCCAUAACAUUGUGACCACCUGCCUGACAUUAUACCUGACCUCUGAAGGUGUGGUCUGUGGCACCAACACAUUAGCAACAGAUCCUUCUGUUGUUUCAUAUCACACAAGAAAUCCUCAGCUCCCCACAUGAAUCAAUAAGCCUUGGCCGCCCAAGGCCCCACUGACUGUUCACUGGUUUUCCUUCAUUCAACCACUUUUGGUAGGUACGACCACUACAGAUGACGAGUAACAUCCCAGGAGAGCUCAAACUUUAUGGCAAUGUCAUAUAGCCAUCACAAUUUGACUCUUGUCAAAGUCACAAAUCUUUAUGCAUCCCUAUUUUUUCCUGCUUCCAGCACAUCAACCUUGAGGACAAUAUGUUGAUCUGCUGCUGAACAUAUGCUACCCACUGACAGUUCCCAGUGGAGAAGAGACGAUGAAGCAGAUGGGAGACAUCAUGUCGGAAGACGGAGCGUGCACCACGUCGUCAGAGUCUGAAACAGACAGUGAGGAUUCUGGUGCUGAAAGAGAUGAUUCCUCUUCUGUUCUGGAGGAGCAACCAAAGCAGGUGGCUCCACCCACAUGCGCACGGAGAUCUGAAGAAAGGGUUGGAGCGUGCGCUUCUGUUUCCAGAUCCAGAUCUCCGCUCGGACGCACACCGGAGACACGCCCCAGCGCUGACUGACGGAACACGGAGGACGAUGCAGGCACUGGUCCAGCAGUAAGCAGAUUUCAGCCUUGGAGAACACCAGGAGUCCAGGUUGAUACGCUUUCCACCCAAAAUCCAAAAGACCUUUUUCUUUGGUUUUUUGCAACUGACACAAUUAGAACAAUUUGCACCAACACCAGUUGCUGCAAAAAACAAGGCAUUAGGGAAAAAAUACAACUGGACAGACAUUGAAAUGGAAGAUCUGCACAAAUUUUUUGUACUUCUGAUAUGCAUGUCACUGGUGUCACUGCCAAGUCUCCAGGACUACUGGAAACAAAAUCAUAUUUUGUCUGUGCCCUUUCCAGUGAAAGUAAUGUCCAGGGACAUAUUCUGGAACAUCCACCUAAGUGAUACAGAUGAGGAUGUAGAAAAUGAUAGAAAAAAGGGAACAGGAGGUCAUGACAAGCUGUUUCGAGUCAGGCCUCUUUAUGAUGACAUCCUCAGUGCCUGCCAGGCUUAUUACCAGCCGAGGGAGCUGGCAGUGGAUGAAAGGCUGGUGGCGAUGAAGGCAAAAAUUGUAAUGACUCAAGAUUUGAAGGACAACCAACAAAAUGGGGCAUGAAACUUUUUGUGUUGGCUGUUUCCCCGCUUGGCACUGGGUACCACAUUUACAUGGACAAUUUUUACACGAGUCCCAAACUGUUCAUGGACCUGGAUAACAUGAAGUUUGGGGCAUGUGGCACAUACAGAGAGAACAGACGAGGAUGCCCCAGAGGGAGGGCAAAUGCUCUCACAAAAAAAUCUGAAAGAGGAUCUAUUAGAUGGAUAAGAGAGGGGCCUCUAGUGUUUGUAAAGUCGAUGGACACAUGGGAAGUGUUUGUGUGCUCCACCAUCCAUCAUGCGUUUUCGGGUGAGACAGUGCAGAAAAGGGUGAAGGAUGCGAAGGAUGGACGCUGGAUGGUGAAAGACAUUCCCUGUCCUACCCCAGUGUUGGCUUAUAAUAAAAACAUGGGUGGAGUCGACCUAUCUAACCAGCUCAUCCAGUACUACUCCAUCCAUAUGAAAACUGCACGCUGGUACACAACAGUGUUGCUGCAGUUCCUUGACAUUGUAACCACAAAUGCAUUCAUCUCGCAUCGUGAGAUCAGCAGUAUCAAGCAAGUGCAGCCCAUGACACACAAGGACUUUAUGAUGGAGCUGGUGUGUCAACUGUGUGGCACAGACAAAACAGAUGUCCUGCAGAACAGGAGCCAGAACCACGUUCCUGCGCCAACUGUGAUGGGCACAGAUCCUUGCCAAAAGGCCAGAAAAGGCAGAUUGAGGUGCCAACAGUGCCUUCAGGUGGACAAGAAGAAGAGUGACACACCGUGGAUGUGUCAGGCCUGCAAUGUACCCCUCUGUGUUACAUUGGACAGGAAUUGCUUUUUGAGUGGUUCAAAUAGUUUAGCAUGUCCUGCACUACAUUGUACAUAUGUUUUUGAAAUUUACCAUUUAUACUUACAUUCUAAAUCUUAUUUUGACAUCUGAUUGUUUUUAAAUAGUUUAACAUUAGCAUUUCAUGCACUAUAUUUGUACAUGUUUUUGAAAUUCUAAAUCUUAUUGUGAAAUCUGACUUAUGAAAAUAGUUCGUUAAACAAGUUUGUGUUUUUCACAGUAAAAAAAAAAACUUUUUUUCUACUCGGAUUUUAUGUUUUUUGUGUGAUUUUAGGUUCACUGGGUUAAUACAGUGGGUCAGAAUGAAUGAACAACUGUAAUAUCACACAGGUUAGGUUGUGCUGAAAAG